UAUUUAUGACCAAUCAGCGUCGUUUUAGUCCAAGCGUGUUUAGUUUCGCACAAAAGGACGCGGGAAAUCGCGGCUGCAGAUCGGAGUUCAUCUGACUCCUGCAGGGAAGAUUUGUCUUAAUAAAAACACGUGACGCUGUCUUUAAAGUACGGUAAUCACGUAUUAUUCAAGUCCCCGCGUUUUCUGGCGUAGAUGGUUCACAGUAGAAGCCUGCAUUCGACACAGGAAGUGAUCUUGCACCAGGACUGCCUCACACGCACGCCGCGCGCACACACACGCAUGUACAUCUGUUCUGACACCAGAAAUUCAACGCUUUCUGCUUUUCAAGUACUGGUACUUGAAUGGUACAUUUUAAAAUAAUUUAAGAGAUAAAAACUACUUCAGUAUUUUUAAUUAACUUACAACUUUGAGUGCAAACCGUACACAUUUAAAUAUUUAUUUAAAAACUAAAUAAAAAUGUAAAUAGUUGCCUGUCAGAGCGAAGUAAGUAUAAGUAAGAGGUAUAGAAAACAUGGACAACUGAACUUAAGUCCCAGUGAUUUAUCCUUGGGCAAACUAACAUGGUACCUGCAGUGUUGGUCUGUUCUCACCCCGUGGAAGAUGGUUAAAGCUUUGCCUCCAGCUUCACUGGCUGUCAGUCAACUUCAGGGUUCAUUUCAAGAUCCUGGUUCUGGUCUAUAGGGCCUUACAUGGACAAGCACCAUCUUACAUUGGUGAUCUUCUUAGUCCCUACACCCCCAGCAGGUCCCUGAGGUCCAGUGGCCAAAGCCUACUGGUUGUGCAGCACCAGACUAAAGGUCAAAGGCGACAGAUCAUUUGCUGCUGUGGCCCCCAGACUCUGGACCUCUCUCCCCCUGACCCUGAGAUCAGUGGACUCAGUGGUCUCCUUUAAAAAGCAGCUGAAGACUCACUUGUUCAAGCUGGCUUUUGUAUGACCUUCUUCACCACUCUCUCUUUAUUCUGUUCUCCCCACCACCUUCCUCAGGAUCCACUGAUUUCCCUCUUUCCUGUUCACUCUCUCUCUUUCUUAACAUUUUUUAAUCACACUUGUCUAUUUUUUGCCCAUUUUAAAUAUAUUUUUAAACAUUUUCUAAAUGCACCCUGCUUUUUUAUAUUUUUAUUAUUUUUAGUUGGAUCAUAAUGCUUAAGAGACUCCUGAUUUGAGGAGUCUUACGUUUUAAAAUGCCGUUAUCAGCAGUGAAAUAAUUUCAGACAGAUGUAUGACAAAUGAUGAACACUUGUCAAACAUGUAGUUGGUUAAAACUGCUGGAUUGUUGCUCAUACGGUCAAAUAUGUAAUGAGACUGUAACAUAGACUCAACAAAACUAUCAGUUUUUCAGACAUUUUAGUUGUACUUGAAAGAAAUUUGCUUUGGAAGAUGCGUAUCUCUUGUGUUGACACUAGCAACUGGCAACCCGUGCAGUCGCAUAGUAGUGACGUCAGUCAACAAACACGCAAAAGUUAAAGCAACACAGCAGACAGACCGGAAUGUCAACCGUAGGCUUUGGUAUUUGUGCUUCAGGACAACUUUGUCUAAGCUAGCAGGUUACUGUAUAUUCCACACAAUCCGAGUGAGUUUCGUGCGACUCUUGGUGAAGUUGUUUUAGUCACGUGUUUGAUGAGUCGCUGCGGCGCGUGUUCUGUCUGCUGAAGCUCCAGAGGCGGCUGGCUGAGGGCAGCAGACACAAACAUGGAUCUCGUUAGCAAACCCGGAGCCAAGUCCGCCGUGUGGAUGUACUUCGGCUUGAAGGCGGAUGAAAACGGGCAGCCGGUGAAAAACAACAAAGCCAUUUGUCGUUUGUGUCGAAAAAUAGUGUCGACAAAAGGAGGGAACACCACCAACUUAAGAAGCCACCUGAUUCACUACCACCGUACGGAGUUCAGCGACGCGACUUCAGCUGGGACUUCUGGAGUUUGGUACGAGACUCAAGCUCUGGAUAUCAGCCAUGAAGACAUUAGUGAGGACGUGCCGUUUCUCCAGCCCCCUUCCAACUCUAAUUAUGUCCCAGAUGCGGUGGUUCCUCCUGGGGAGCCGUGGCUCCGUGGGGGCCCCUUCAGGGCUGUGCUGUCCCUGCCGUCCUGUCUGUGUCUGUCCAAGCUCAAUCUGCCUGGAACAUCCAGUCCGGGGUCUUUGGGUGAAGAACUAGGGGAGAUGAGGGUGUACGCCAAGUGCCAGCUUCAGCAGGGGGUCAUGUUUGGACCCUUCCUGGGGGACGUGUGCAAAGGACAAAUACCAAACAACCUGAAGUACGCCUGGGCGAUUCGAGAUGAUUCUGCGUUCACCUUUCUGGAUGCUUCUGAUGAAAACAAAUCCAACUGGAUGAGGUACGUGCGAUAUACGAGCAACGAGAGCGAACACAACCUGGUUGUUUUCCAGUUUUACCGUCACAUCUAUUAUCGGGUUUCCCAGCACAUUUCAGAAGGCGCAGAGCUCCGAGUCUGGAUUGGGAAGGAUUAUGCUUCUCUUCUGGGUCUGGGAAUGGGCGACAAUGAAAAAUGUGAAGUUGGGGACAAGGAGACGGCUCUGAGGCUCUUGCAGGACAUCCAGCUGGUCACACUCCCCGAACCCAGCAGUACCUCACUUUGGUCUGACUGCAGCCAAUCACAGAGCCCCAUGCCCGUCAUCAGUGAGGUCACAACCGUGUCAAACCCAGAAUCGGCUAAUGAUCCAGGCUCGGUGCUGGGCUCUUUGGCAGGCUCGAUGUCAGGCUUGUCACCGGGUUCCAUGCUGGGCUCAACAUUGCCCUCCACCUCCCAGUUUUCCCUGCAGUCCUCCAUCCCAACUGUGAUGGACAAAUAUGAUUUUAUGCCCGGAGCAGAGAAACUGCUGAACAACCCAAAUGCCAACCAGGCCAGCCCCUGGCACUUCUUUGGGCUGGAACCCGACCCGACUGGUCGGCCUCUGGACCGCAACACGGCGGUGUGUAAGUUGUGCAUGGAGCGUGUGAACUGUGUGGGAGGUCCAUUGGAUCUCCAAGCCCACCUGACCAGCAAACAUCACAUCAAACCUCGUGACCUCAACAAGGAUCGGAUUCUGCCACCAGGGACCCAUGAGCCGACCAGAAGGGGAGGAGACUUGGGCUCCCUGUGUGUUAGCAUUUCUGCAAAUGCCAGAGUACCAAUGCGGUGCAUGCCUCCUGUGAUGCCCCCCAGCAGUCAAAUCACCCCUGCCCCCACAAUAAUGCCCACACAAGUGGCUAACGCCAUCACCAACUUCCUCAUCAGAGAUCUUCAUUCCCCAGCUCUGGUGGAAGGAGAGGGCUUCAAACAUAUGCUGCAAGUGAUCCUGCCCUCCUACAAAGAGAUGCUGACGUCAUGCCAGCUGGAGAGCCUUCUGAGAGGCCACCACGUUAAAGGCAAGCUGAGUCUCAUUCAGCUGUUAAAGAAAAAGUCGGACUGCACCAACGACGAGGAGAUGAACGACUACACUGCUCCCAUCGAGUUUGAGCCCAAGAGUCACGGGCGACCUCCCAUCCAUCAAAGAAAAAUUUCUCACUUUGUCACCUUCAGUGCAGAUGUUUGGCUCCACAGCUGGAUGGGCAACAACCAGCGUUACCUCACCCUCUGGGCACACUUCAUCAAUGAUGAUUUUAGUCUCCACAACCUGGCCCUGACCACCCAGAGGCUGGUGGAGAGUAGAGGGAAAGACUUCAGCCUUCAGGAAGUGGAGGCACAGGUGAAGGUGAUGGCAAAGGAGUGGGGGAUCUCCCAGCCUAAUCUGGUCCUUUUGGGAGUGGAGGGCAAAUACACGGCGAAGUUAAAACCAAUAAAGAGUGAGAAGGGUGCGGAGGCUACAGGAAGCCUCCCCCACCCGAACUCCACAACAUUUUUAGAGAGGGACGACUCUGCAUCCCCCGAGGAACCGCAGGUCUCAGAACAUUUUAGUGAAGGUCUUCCAUCGGUCCCGUGCUUCUUUAGCGCUGUGCAGGGCUGCGUUGAGGAGGUGAUGUUGCACCCGGUCAUUUCCAAAACUCUCAGCCAGUUCCAGAGUGUCUUCUCCUCUCUGUUCCUGCCACCAGCUGAGCAGAAGGGCUCGUGCCUGCACCACGCUCAGAAGCUGCUGCAGACUCUGGCCAAACAAGAACAGGCAAGCAUUAAGUCAUGGGCUCACAGCCCCCCGUCCUGGAACGGCCUGUACCCGUUACUGAGCUCCAUCAUCAAACAUAAAAGCCUGAUCUGUGACAUCAUCAGAGAGAUGAACGAAGAGACGUUGAAGAAAGAGGAGGAAGCUUCUGAAGCAUCUGGUAGCUACCACCCCAACUCCACCUCCAACACAUCAUCAAGCCUCCCCUUACUGCGCUCUGAAUGGAAGGUGGUGGAGGACCUAUGUUUGGUCCUCAGACCUCUGGAUGUGGCCUGCCGGACUCUGGCCAAGGAGGCCUUCCCGCGUCUGUCCCUGGUCAAACCCAUCCUCACCGGCCUGCUGUCUCGCCACCUCGUUCCUCGGCCAAGCGACUCUUCGUCCAUCUUGAAGGAGGUGAAGAGGAUGAUGAGGCGUGAGUUGUUGAGUUGCUAUGACAACCCUGCAGUGAACAGGGUUCUGUGCGUGGCGUGUUCCCUCGACCCACAGUUUCACGGGCUGGGCUUCAUGGAGGACAAGGAGCAGAUUUCCACUUUCAACUGGCUGAAGCAGGAGGCUGUGAAGAUUGCGAAGGAAAACGGGAAAGUUAAUCCAUCUACGUCUCUUCAGAUCAAGAGAAGCUCCUCCCCUCUGUCGCCAGAGUCGGAGGGUGAUAUCCGAAGGAGCAAACGCCUGAAACAAUGUCCUCCCAUCAACUUCAGAGACCUUGGAGUUGAGGAUGAGUUCAGCGACCCCGGCGAGGUGGAUGAUUGCGACUAUGUGGAUUCAGAUCCUCAGGCAGAUCUCUCCGGGAUGGAGUUCCUGCUGGGAGACCUGUUCUGCUCGGCACCCAAGAGGACCAGACAGAGCUCUGUGGAGGAGUCCGUCGACAUGGAGAUGUCUGUCUUCAGAGCUGACAAAGGGGCUUCACUCGGCGUGGAGCCCCUGCAGUGGUGGAAGACCAAAGCCGUUCAGUUUCCACUGCUAGCCUCAGUGGCGCAGGCCUACCUGGCUGCUCCAGCUGUAGCGGGGAACGCCGCCCAGGACUUUAUUCAGGAGGGACCAGGAACCACAAACAGGAAAAGGUCAAACAUUCCACCCGAAAGUUUGGACACGAUGCUGUUCCUGCACCACAAUGGAUUUUUUACGAACGAGAGCGUGCCGGCAAGCCCGCAGGAGUGAUGACAGAUGCAGCAGGUUAAAAGAUUCCAACCCAAAUCUUCAAAUCACGAUUGAACAAGUUUCACCAGUAGGAGUCGGAGUGCACCAUGAUCAGAAGACCCGCUCACAUUUCAGAGAUCUGCCUGCCUGGGUUAUAAACUCCGCUCUAAUGUCAUUUGUUCUGGUUCUGACUGAAAUCUACGUUUAAUCCGGUUUAAGGAUUAAUGUGUAACCCCAACCCACAAAGUAGUUUCAGUUUUCCUUAAACUGAAGGAAAUGUUCCUCGUUGCUUUUCUUCACUAAUUAUUCACAUUUAAUUUUCCUUUGUAGUUCCCAGUGCCUUACCUUAUUUCAUUAGUCAAACAAUAUAUUUUUAUUAGUUUAAAAACACCUGAAGACUCAUGGUACGGCGGUCUACCGUGCGUCUGUUGUAGGUUUGUGUUGAAUGAUGAAUUUAACCCUUCUACAGAUAUUCUGUAUCAGUUGUUCUAAACUUGAUUUUAAAGAGUCGACAGUCAUUUAGUCAUCUGGAGCCGAGUUGUAACGAGGCGGCCCUGUUUUAUACCAGCUGUGCUAGAGGAGUCUGUGCUGCAGUCCACCGUGUGUGUUGUCCGUUCCUGAACGUACAUUCCUUCAACGUUUUUAUAAUCGUAGCAAAACAUCUUGUUUUUUGUCUUUAACCCUCCCACUGUCCUAAUGGGUGUGACCCGUGAGGAAAGUUGACCAUUGAGCAGGCUUGAUGGUUUAUCCCUUGGGUCCACGUGGCAGGAGUGAGCACCACCUCACUGCUGCCACGUGGACCUCAAGGGAUAAACCAUCAAGCCUGCUCAAUGGUCAACUUUCCUCACAGGGUCACCCGUAAAGACAUGAAGACAGUGGGAGGGUUACAACUUGUUCCACCUUUUUAAAAAAAAAUAAUUAAAAACUGUUUAAGCUCUU